UUUUGACAUGUUGCGCACGCACUUCGUCCCCUGGAGCGGUCAGUGCUUCACUGAGACUCCGCCCACCGCAUUGAUUGUGACCGAGGCUCCGCCCACACCGCUGUGGGUUCACACAUGUGAGACAGACGCCCGCUUGUAAACGGACACGGGUUGCUGCUGGUGAAACGCUUUCAAGAUCUUCGGCAGAGAAAGUUUUCAUCAUGCUGAGGGUGAGUGCAUCAGCGAGGCUAGCCGGAGUCCUGUGCAGACGCUUUCCACACGCGUCCGCAUCCACGCAGCGAAACGGCGUCGUCCACAGCAGCACGGCAGCGUCUCACAGCUACGUGAUCGUCGGAGCCGGCUCUGCAGGAUGCGUUCUGGCCAACCGGCUUUCAGAGAACGCGUCGGAGUCUGUGCUGCUCCUGGAGGCGGGACCCAAAGACAUGCAGCUGGGCAGCACCCAUCUGUCCUGGAAGAUUCACAUGCCCGCCGCACUGACCUACAACCUGUGUGAUGACAAGUACAACUGGUAUUACCACACGUUACCUCAGGGGCUCAUGGACAACAGGGUGAUGUACUGGCCUCGCGGGCGCGUUUGGGGCGGCUCGUCCUCGCUCAACGCCAUGGUGUACAUCCGUGGGCACGCCGAGGACUACAAUCGCUGGCAGAGAGAAGGUGCCGAGGGUUGGGACUAUGAACACUGUCUUCCUUACUUCCGUAAGGCCCAGACGCACGAGCUGGGGGCGAACCGUUACCGAGGGGGCAGCGGCAUGCUUCACGUCUCACGCGGGAAGACGGAUCACCCGUUGCAUGGCGCAUUCAUCGCGGCGGGCCAGCAGGCAGGAUACCCCUUCACCGACGAUAUGAACGGAUACCAGCAGGAGGGAGUCGGGUGGAUGGACAUGACCAUCCACAAAGGUAAAAGAUGGAGUACAGCAAGCGCUUACCUUCGCCCUGCGCUGUCCAGACCCAACCUGAGCGCUGAAGUCGGCUGCAUGGUGACCCGGAUCCUGUUUGAUGGGACCCGGGCACGAGGGGUGGAGUUUCAGCAGAAUGGACAGAUGAAAAGGGUGUUUGCUGAUAAAGAAGUGAUUCUCUGCGGUGGAGCUAUAAACUCUCCCCAGCUCCUCAUGCUGUCUGGAGUGGGGAGCGCAGACGAACUGCACGCAUUAGAUAUUCCUGUUACUCAACACCUGCCAGGUGUGGGCUGUAAUCUUCAGGAUCAUCUGGAGUUAUAUAUUCAACAUGAGUGCACUCAGCCCAUCACUCUGUAUAAAGCACAGAAGCCCUUACACAUGCUGAAGAUCGGCCUGCAGUGGCUCCUCACGUUCACAGGUUACGGUGCUACGGCUCAUCUGGAGAGCGGAGGUUUCAUUCGCAGCAGUCCUGGCGUUCCUCAUCCUGAUAUUCAGUUUCAUUUUCUGCCCUCUCAGGUCAUUGAUCACGGCCGUGUCAAAUCUAAAAUGGAGGCAUUCCAGGUUCAUGUUGGGCCUUUGAGGAGCACAAGUGUUGGCUGGCUCAAACUGAAGAGUAAAGACCCGAAUGCCCAUCCAGUCAUCCAACCAAACUAUCUCUCUAGCGAAAUGGACGUGUUGGAAUUCAGAGCUUGCGUGAAGCUCUCGCGGGAAAUAUUCGCUCAGAAAGCCUUCGACCCAUUCAGGGGUCCCGAGGUGCAGCCAGGUCCCGCCAUCCAGUCGGACGCAGAGAUCGAUGCUUUCGUUAGGCGGAAGGCGGACAGCGCUUACCACCCGUCCUGCACGUGUAAGAUGGGCAGCGCCUCGGACCGCAUGGCAGUGGUGGAUCCAGAGCUGCGCGUGUAUGGUGUGGAGGGGCUGAGGGUGGUGGACGCCUCCGUCAUGCCCAGUGUGGUGAGUGGUAACUUGAAUGCCCCCACUAUAAUGAUCGCAGAGAAGGCGGCGGAUGCCAUUAAAGGCCUUCCAUCACUUCAUGACCCCGGAGUCCCCGUCUACCAGCCUGCCAGUCUGGAAACACAGAGAUGAGAGAACUACAGCCGGAUCACACAAACGUCACGUGCUUCUCAAACAUUUUGGAUGACCAGACGCCUGAGAACGGCAAGAUAAAUUUAUUCCAGAAUGAUUUUAAUGUGUCUUAACUUCUCACUGUACAGUUCUUAUUCACAUAAUGCACUAUAAUAGUGAUGUGAUAAAAACAUAACGUCUAAAUUAUAAGAGUUUAUAACAUCAAGUCGAUAAAGAUGCUGACAAACUUCACACAGUAGCCUAUUGAAAAAGCAAAUCAAGAUUUGUAUUUUGUCACUGUGCUUUAACAUGUAUUUAUGACCGUUCUAAAACAUUAAGCUUGUAUGUUAAUGAGAGAAAUGUUACACCAUUUCAAGAUUUAUUUUAUGCUUGUGCUUUGUUUUUAUUACAUUUGAUUACAGAAUGCUUUAUUUACCCAAACACUAGUUAUAUAUGUUUCCAGAUGAAACCUGCACAUAAAAGCAGAUUGUUGUCACUGAAAAUAAAUAAAAUAUAAUCCUCUGAUAAUAAAAUCAAUAAGAAAUCGU